AUGCAAAAGCACUCGCAGUCGAGUAUCUGGAUUCCUUCCGCUGGCGUUCACACUACAUUGCUCACCACAUCCAGACUUUUAGCCACGAUGGCGCACUGGUGGGCGAUGAAUCAGCGCGAUAAAGGCAGCGGCAGCAGUGCGAAUGGUUUCGGUCAGGUCACGCAGCAGGAGAAGAGUGUCUCUCGAGACACUUCCAUGACCGACACCUUCACCACUGCGCCGCAGCCUGGCGAGUCCCGCGAUCUCGGCCUGAUGGCUUCCAUCCAUGCUCCGAAGCAUGCGCCGACCGAAGGCAGCGGUCUUCGGCAUACUGAGGCACAGUCAGCGACGCAGCAGCAGCCCAUGGUCGGCAAUGGCUUUCACGCUGCUGCAACACGUCCGCUCGAGCACCCGCCCCUGCUGUCGGGACAAAGAUACCGCAUCUUCGACCCCGCUCCAGACAGUGCUCCCAAACGUGUCUUCGCCAUACUUUCACCAUCGGGUCAACAUCAGAUUCAGGAGCUCAGCUUCGGCAAAGGUGGCGGCCUGAGCCAGGAAAUGAAGGACACCCUGGUGGAGGUGCCUGCGCCAGACCGCGCGACUGUUGGCACGAUCUACGAGAUCAAACCAGACGGUACCGCUGCGCCUGUCCUGUUCACACCUGCAGACACCGUCUGGUACCAGCCGCGUGGAGGCAGCGUGCUGAGUCCCUACCUGGGAUUCACAGGUGUGCGCAGUGGUCCAUCUGAUCGCGGCCCGGCGGCGGUUUCGUCUGCAGCUACCGUGCUUCAGCCACAAAGCGUGAACUCAAGCGCUGGUGGGCUCGUCGUGCCAUCGACGUCUGUGUCCUUGGCUGGCCAGCAAGCUAUGAGCAAUGAUUUCUGGAGACGAUGCGCUGCGCCGGUGGGCUCGAAGCCGUCUCCGGUUGACUUUGCAGCUGCGCUCCAGCAAGCCACCGCGAAGUUGGACCCGCAGGCGGCUCCGUUUGUCUACCCAGCUGGCCAGCACACUGCGAGCAUUGCCUUCUCACAGCAGAAUGUGGCCAGCGGCUUCGAUGUGUCGUCAUCUUCCGCUUCGCAGACCGGCCAUCAUGCCGUGAGCAACCCUUUUGCACAGCAAGCCGUCGCAAAGGUCGACUCCAAGCCGGCUACAUUUUCGUUCAGUUCGGACUACAAGACUUGCCAACCGUCCACGUACACCGGCCAGCAGCCGGCGUUCAAUUCUGGGCAACCAUCUACCUCGCGGUUCGGUCAGCCGUCUGCUCGUCCGGUGACUGCUUCCGCUCAGACGGCGGGCACUUUCUUCGGUCGGCCAGUUGUUCUGCCUACUGGAUCGACCUGGUCGUUCGGGCGGCCGUCGCAGCCUUCGCAGCAGCCUUCCUCAUCGCAGCCUUCCUCAUCUGCGAUGCAGCCGUCGAGCGUGUCAGACACUGUCAAACAUGGCAAGGUACGCAAUUCGAGCCAGGCACUUCAGCAUAGUUCUCCAAAGUCAAUCAAGCAAGAGCUGGAGGACGGCGAGAUCCUGGACCUCAGUCCGUGGAGCAGACGGAGUGAGAUGCAGCCUCGCUCGCCAGCGCCCUUCAAGUUCAAUCCACCCACUUUGGUACCCACGGCUAAGGCCGCUCCACCGCCCGCUUCACAGCCCGCUCCGCAGGCCGCUCCACGUCAACCCAUCUCCCAGUCCGUUCUGCGUCAGGCGGACAAGGCUCAUAAUGACAACUUCGACGACCAUGUGGUAAAGCAGCGCCAAUCUUUGCGGAAUAUUGCAGCAGACAGGAUCAGGGCCAAGAAGGGUAGUCUCCGGGUCGUGAUCAAGGCCUGGGAGAGUGUGCUUGAGGAGAUGAAGCGGAACGGUUUGGGUUUCAACGACUCAAAGACCCCUACUGCUCCAAAGGCUCCCAUUGCUCCAAAGGCUCCCAUUGCUCCAAAGGCUCCGGACCCAAAACCUACGAAGAAGAAACGCAAGCAGCGCGGCCAAGCGCACAACGUACUGUCUCACAACGAAGUCCAUGAGCUCGCUCGUGAGGCGGCACAGGAGGAGAGGAACAGCAGACAGAUGUUCCAGGCGAUGGCCUCGCAGCUGCGACAGACUCGCGGCGAGCAGCAACAGCGUCAAUCCCAUCCAAGUUCAUACGAGAGUGCGCAGCAGAGAGACGACAGGCUGAGAUCACAAGCGCUGUUCAGCCGACAACUUCACCAGGACAGGAGGGAUGAGCAGAAGCGUCAAUUGCGCCUUCGGCAGAACGAAGAGGGCCGCUGGUGA